CUUAUUUCCUUGGGCUUGUCUAUAGCCUCGCUUGUACUGCCCAGUCAAGCCAUCGAACUGGAUCUCAGCGAUGAAGCUUCCACCGUCGCCUACGGCAUGAUGAAAUACUACCACGGCAACGAAACAGGCCAAACCAUUGGACUCCUACCCUGGCCCUACUACUGGUGGCACGCCGGCGCCAUGUUCGGCUCCCUCGUCGACUACUGGUACUACACAGGCGACACCUCCUACAACGAAGCCACCACCAACGCCAUGAUUUUCCAAGCCGGCCCCACCGCAGACUACAUGCCCGAAAACCAGACAAAGAGCGAAGGAAACGACGAUCAAGCCUUCUGGGGCAUGGCAGCCAUGUCGGCCGCAGAAGUAAACUUUCCAAACCCUCCAAAGGGAAAACCGCAAUGGUUGGCUCUGGCUCAAGCGACGUUUAACUCGCAGGCUUUGAGGUGGGAUACCAAGACUUGCAAUGGAGGUUUGCGUUGGCAGAUUUUCACCUUUAACAAUGGAUACAAUUACAAAAACUCCAUUUCCAAUGGUGGGUUUUUUAAUCUGGGCGCGAGGUUGGCUAUGUAUACUGGCAACACCACUUACUCGGAUUGGGCGAUUAAAGCUUGGGAUUGGAUGGAAGGAUCUGGACUCAUGACGGAUGAUUACUACGUUUACGACGGAGCAGACACGACUACCAAUUGCACGGACCCCUCGAAGAUCCAAUGGACGUACAAUGCUGGUAUUUUCCUUCUGGGCGCAGCGACUAUGUGGAACAUCACCGGCGAGCAGAUUUGGAGAGACAGAACCAUGGGAUUGUGGAAUGCGACACAUGUGUUUUUCACAGACAACAAGGUCAUGUACGAGGUCGCUUGCGAACCCGGCGGCAACUGCAACGUCGACCAACACNACUAUCCACUUACUGACAUUGAGGCAAACAGCUUCAAAGCCUACCUAGCGCGCUGGAUGGCAGCUUCCACAAAAGUAGCCCCCUUCCUCUCCGACCUCAUAGCACCAUACCUAGCCGCCUCCGCCACAGCAGCCGCAGCCUCCUGUUCAGGCGGCACAGACGGCGUCACCUGCGGCACAAAAUGGUUCUCCAACACCUCCAACCCCACCGUCACCUGGGACAAUACCUGGGGCGUUGGCCAACAAUUGUGCGCUCUGGAGGUUAUUCAAAGUAAUCUGAUCACCAAGGUGCAAGGGCCACUGACUAACAAGACUGGAGGCACGAGUACGGGAGAUGAUGCUGCGGGGAGUAGUGGCGAUAAUGAUCCGACGAAGAUGAGCAAGAUUACGCAGGCUGAUAAGGCUGGUGCUGUGAUUUUGACGAUUUUGGUGUUGGCGAGUUGGAUUGGUGCUAUGAUUUGGUUGAUUAUC